UUUCCUGCACUGGCUUCUCCCUUUGGGGCUGGGCAGGGGCAGCUGCUCAGAGGCAGAGAAGCCAGAGGAGCUCUGCGUAGUCUUGCGGGACUGGGGAAACUGAGCUGGGGGUUUGGGCCUGCUGAGGCAGUGGGACCUGAGGGCCAAGAUCCCUGAGAGGAAGGAGGCCAGAGAAGCAGAAAGUGGCUAAAAAAGCAGAGCUGGCUUUUUGGCAGUUUCAUGAUGCUAGGGAAGAGUUCAGAGCCUGCCAAGGAGGAAUGGCCCUAAGAAAUACCAGGCUCUCAGCUUGGACCUUUGGGGACCACAGGUAGAUUGGACUUUACAAGGACUGUGGAAUGAGUUUAGCGUUAGCUGAGCCCUGGAGUGGCUUGAGGUGGACUUGCCCUCUGCUGCCCACCCUGGAGGGAGACACCAUCCUGAUCCUCAACCAUUCUGUCACACACAGUGCCUGACACUCUGUCAAGUUACUAGGCACACUGAGAAACAGGAUGGGGGGAGUGGGGGGGAAGAGUGACAGACCCACAGGAAGUAAGAUAUUGGAGUUAGCAGACAUGGACUUUAAAAUAACUAACAUAUUGAAAUAGGUAAGAUGGAGAGUUUCACAGAGAAUUAGAAUUCAUAGAAGAUUAAAUGAAAAUUCAAAGUGCAAUACCUGAAAUUUAAAAUUCAGUAGGUGGAUUUAAAAGUAGACGAGAGACAGCUGAAGAAAGGACUAGUGAACUGCAAGAUAGAUCAAUAGAAAAUAUCUCUGCAAACCCCACCGUGACCAGCUCGCACUAUCCUGUGAGCUUCCUUGUCCUGGGCCCUCUGAGCCCUUCCGUAGACCCGUUGGGCAGUGGCGGGGGGGCCUGCUGAGGAGACUCUUUGUGCUUGGGAGAGACUGAGGGGGCUUGGGAAUUUGGGGAUCGCUCUCCAUUGCAGCCUUGUUGGAAACAUUACCAGCACGUUGGGAGUCUAGUCAUUGGACCUCCAUGACUCUAGUGAAAUCUUUAAGGGUCUUAGGCAAAAGGGACAUGAGCUUGUUUGUGCUCAUGGGCUCAGGCUAAAGGUAUGCUAAUCUCUCCAACAUACACCUUAGAAAAUGCCUUUGGUGGGACGGGGAACCAAGGAAGGCUUGUCUGUGAUUUGCAAGGGGUGUGCACAUUGCUACUCAGGCUCGUGGACCAUGGAACCCGAGUGCUCCCUGUUCCACUGACAUGAUGGGCACUGGCAUAGCUGGGGGUGAGGGAGCAGGGUCGGGGCUGUGCUGAGCUUGACCUUGAAACUGUUACGGAUUGUAGCAGUUCACACGCAUGUUCUGAGAAAUUUUCCAUCCUGGGUUAAUGAUUUCCUUAUAAUGAACAGAAAUAAAUUCAAGAGGGAUGGUGAGCUAAGGUGGGGUCAUGGGCCAAGGCCAGUGGCUGAGCUGAGAGAUGACUGCUGACCUGCACAGGCGGUCUAACAUGGAUUAAAGCAAUGUCACAGCAAAGACAUCGGCCUUUUAUCUCAAGUAAAAGAUGGAAGCCCCUUUGUCCUCUAAAAUGCUCUGCCUUGGGGUCAGCAAACACCCCUUUUGAGGGGAGAGGAGGAAUCCAGGUCAAAUCUGGGUGAGGGAGGACACAACAGCCACUGGCUCCUGGGAGCUUCUGGUCAGCUCAGGACAAGCGCCCAGAAGCCACUUGGACGCCCUGCGGUGUCUCCUGUGCUUCAGGAGAGGAAGCCAUGCUGGGUUCUCUCUGGAGGGUCCAUGAGGAAGGGAUGUUCUCUCACAUGGGAGGUUGCGGGGCAGGAGGUGAGGAACAGGUGAGCACAGAGCCUUCUACCUUCCAGGCAUUGUUUUAGGCCUGGUCAGUUGCAUGGAUGAGAUAGACAAGGUCCCUGCUCCUGUGCAGAUUGUCUUCUAGUCCAGAGGCCGCCUUCAACUGGUGUAAGCAAGUAAGAGCAAACACUAAAACAAGGAAAACAAGUGAUAAGGGUCAUGGAAAAGAUGACAUUGGGACCACGCUGGUGGCAGGGUUGGGUUGGGAAGAGGGCAACCUCCCUGAAGAGGUGAUGGUGAGCUGAACUGGAAUGACAGGGUGGGUAGCUCUGUGUGCAAAGCGGCGCCCUGAGCUGGCAUCGCACAAGUCCUGGUAGGCCCCGGCUUUCCUCAUAAGGACAAUGAGAAACCGAUGACAGAUUUUUUUAAAAAAUUAUUUAUUUAUUUGUUUGGCUGCAUUGGGUCUUAGCUGCGGCACACAGGAACUUCGUUGCGGCAUGUGGGGUCUUUAGUUGCGGCAUGUGGGAUCUAGCUCCCUGACCAGGGAUUGAACCCAGGCCCCUUGCAUUGGGAGCAUGGAGUCUUAGCCACUGGACCACCAGGGAAGUCCCCCGAUGACAGAUUUUAAGCAGGAGAAAAAGGUGAUCUGAUUGCACAUUUGCAAGAUGUGCUGCGUGCUGUGUGGAUACUUGGAUUGUGGGGAGAGUUUCUGGGAGCACGGAGACCAAUGGGUGGAUUUGCUUGUGUUCAGCGAAGGACAGGUAUCACAGCUGCAGAACCAGAGGGGACUGUGGACUCAGGACGCAUUUGGGGUGGGGCUGAGGGAAAGCAGGGACCCAAAUGAGCCUCAGGUAUCUGAGCAUCUGGGUGGAGGCAGGGCCAUAGUGAGAGGGGGUCAUACCCACUGUGUAUGUCAGAUCUAGAGGUUCCCAAACUCGCAGUUCAGAGCACCUCUAGUUAAGGUUCAGUAAUUAUUUUAAGGGACUCAUAGGCCAAAAGAAGUACCUAAUAGUUCCAUUUUUAAAUACAUAAGUCCAAACAAGUUAAGUAUUGACAUCCUAGCAACUUACAGUAGAUAUUUGGAAAAUAAUGUAAACUUAAAAUUUUUUUCACUUAAUUUUUAAGUAACUGUAAUUAUGGGUGGAACGUGUGCCUGUCGGCUCUUCUUGAAUCUUGGAAUCAGAUUGGACACUGCCACCCUUGUUGCUUUUUCCACAUUGAUUCUUACACAGUAAUUGCUUUUUCAAUAACUGCCAGAAACCUAGCUUUGCAGACAUGAAAUAGCGGAAAGGAAUGUAGCAAGAUAUGAUGUUGAAACCAUGAAGUGUUCAGAGGUGUUUAUUAGUAUCACCGUUUUCCUCAAAAGUAAAAGGCAUCCUGCUGUGCCUGCAAGUUCACUGUGGGCUGGGGGUUCUUCAGUGCAUUGUUUAGAAACUGCAGCUCUGUGCCCUUCCCUUUUCCCUCUGGGUCUGUGGACGUCCUCUCUCCUGGGCCACAUGUUGGUGUGCAAGUCACCCCCCACCCCCCACCAGUUCUUUGGGAUGGCUCACUGGGUCUUGUGGCACUCACUGUUGCCCUCACAGCCCAACAGCCUGCACAUGGCAAAUGUCCCUUUGAAGCUAUUGUGUUCCCAGCUUCGGUGCUUAGAGGAUUUUUUUCUUUAUCCUUUGAUUUUAUUUAUUUACUUUUUAUAAAUUUAUUUAUUUAUUUAUUUAUGGCUGAGUUGGGUCUUUGUUGCUGUGCACGGGCUUUCUCUAGUUGCAGCUAGCAGGGGCUACUCUGUUGCGGUGUGCGGACUUCUCAUUGCGGUGGCUUCUCUUGUUGCGGAGCAUGGGCUCUAGGCGGGCGGGCUUCAGUAGUUGUGGCUCACAGGCUCUAGAGCACAGGCUCAGUAGUUGUGGCGCACGGGCUUAGUUGCUCUGCGGCAUGUGGAAUCUUCCUGAACCAGGGCUCAAACCCGUGUCCCCUGCAUUGGCAGGCGGAUUCUUAACCACUGCGCCACCAGGGAAGCCCUAUCCUUUGAUUUAAAACGCCUCAGAACUCAAGACCUGACUCCAACUUAAUUACUUCAGUGUGAUGCGUCAUUUCCCCUUCCUGUAUCUGAACAGGUUUAGUUUAAAGAGGGUGGCAGACUCUCAGGGUUGAUGUAAAAAUAGCUCACCCUGAUCAGAGAAAGCGGUCUGCUGUCUGCACCCAUUUCCCUGCUGAUGUGACAUUGAAAAAUGCCAGCAGCACUGGGCUUCCUCCCUUCCCUGGCACCCAUUCUGUCUCUGCUGUGGAGCUGGGCGCAGGAGGAGUGUACCCCUGACUCUGCCAUUGGUGUUGGGUUUGGCCCUGUCACUUGCUAAGACCAAAAGAAUGUGGGCAGAAGUAGCAACAUGCAAAUUUUGAGCCUAGGCUUCUGGAGGCAUCAUGUAUUUCUGUUCACCUCUCUGGAAGUUUCCACCUUCCACCAUGUUAGAAGAGCAUACCCUGGCUAGCUGAAGCCCCUUCAGCUUAGUGCCUCCCCCCACAGAGGGAGGCCCAGGGAGCAGAGCCCUCCCAGCUAACCUACAGACCUGUGAACAUGAGAAAAAAAAUUAAUACUGCCAUAUGUAUUGAAUUCUGGGGUCGCUUGUUACACAGCAACAGCUGACUGAUACAAAUGGAGAAGACGUCCAUGAGGGAAAGUUAAAAGGGUGAUGGAAAUAUAACAGCUGAGAAGGUUACUGGUCUUAGGGAUAAGAUGAAUUUUUAAGAUGUGAAAUGAUUCUUCUGUAGAAUAAUGUUAUGUCUGUUGAUCCUUAAGACAAACCUAAGAGGAAAGCAGUGACAGUUUUAUCCCCAUUUUAUAGAUGAAGACAUUGAGGUUCAAAGUGGUUGAAGGUGCGGUGGGUGAGCCUGGUCUAGGCCCCAAAUCCCUGACUCCUGGGCCAGGCUCUUCCCAGCUGUGCUGCCUGCCUCUCUUGUGGGCCCGACUUAGAGCAACCAAUAUGGCAGCAGAGCUUGGCACUUCGUGCAAGUGAGGCCACCGUUGGGACCUUUCUUCUGACAGGUUGGGGAGGGAGGGCACCUCCCAGAGAAGGGGCAGCAUUUGGUUGAGAGGGGGACAGGGGUGCCAACAGACAGGUGCCUGUGUCCCACAUGCUGAAAACUGGGGGGUCUGGGUGUCUUCUGUGUGAGCCAUGGCUUUGCCGCCUACUGGUUUGCUCUCAUGCUCCCCUCAAAAGGUCUGGCAACUGUGUGUCCAGGAAAGAUACCUAUGGAAGAAAAGUGUCAAGGCACCUACACUGAAUACAUUGAUGGUCUUGCCUGGUGGUUGGGGUCUGGAUUUUGACACACUUGAAGCCUCGGGGAUUUUAAACAGGAGAGUCAGCAAUCAAACCUUUGCAAAAGGCUGCAGUGGGGCUUCUGGAAGCUUGAGGGCCAGGCCACGUGGCCCCACGUUGUAGAUGCCUUAUCAGAGUACACACGAGCUGACUGGCAUUCCUACUGACUGCUGGAGCUGUCCGUCAGCAUGUUCUCAUUACUUCACGGGGUUCUGGUCUUGUUGAAGUUGGUUUACUUUCUGAGUUGCUUUUAAUCCCUCUGUGUCCUACUUCAUGACCAGCUGACCACAUCCAUGGCACUUUGAUUUUGACCUUGGCUCCUGCUGACUGCUCCCCUCAGGCCCCUCCUGCUCCCUGACCCCCAGUCCCCCGUAGCCCUACACUCCCCUUAAUACUGCAAGACCCUUCCUUUCCAGAGAGGGACCCAGCCUUCCCAGUUGCAGGGCUGUCCUUGGAGACCACAACCCCCAACCCCAAAAUGGGGCAGAGCCCCCAUGGAUGGGGUGAUGGGCUGAAUAGUACCCCCGAAAAUAUAUCCAUGUCUUAAUCCCUGCAAACUAUGAAUUUCACAUGGCAAAAAAGGAUCUCAAGAUGGGGAGACAGUCCUGGAUUAUCUGGGAGGACCCUAAACUCAAUAACCUGUAUCUUUGAGGGGGGAGAAUCGACACAGAAGAGAAGGCAAUGUAAUGAUGGAGGCAGAGACUGAAGUGAUGCAGCCAUAAGCCAAGGAACCAGGAGCCUCCAGAAGCUGAAGAGGCAGGAAGGGUCUCCCCCAGUUCCUCCAGAGUGUGUGCAGCCCUGCCACACCUUGUUUCAGCUCAGUGAAAUGGAUUUUGGACUCUGGGCUCUAAGAUUAUUAGAGAAUAAGUUUCUGUAAUUUUAAGCCACCAAGUUUGUGCUGACUUGUUACAGCAGCCACAGGUAAUGAAUACAAAUGGGAAAGCCAAGGAUUCCAAAUGAAAUGACUGGACCCAAGGCCUGGCACAGACCCUCAGCUGCUGCCUGACGGUGUCCUUAUGACCCGGCCACUCCUGUCACCUGUGCGUGAAAUGCACAGGCUCUCCACAAGAAGGCUUCCUGCUGCCUUGCUGGCAAGUGAGGUGGACUCUGCGGCCCCUGUCCCUCCUUGGUGCCCACAGCCCUGCAGCCCCUGAUGCUGCAUCUCAUGUGCGCCCUGUUGAGAGCCCCAACUCCUGGCCAGGGUGCUUGCAGCCCUCACAACUGAAGGAUUAGGAAGCAGGGGUUGGAGUUGGUGAGAGAUAGGGUUCUUGCAGCCCUCACAACUGAAGGAUUAGGAAGCAGGGGUUGGAGUUGGUGAGAGAUGGGGUCCUGGGAGAGCAGCCACCAUGGGCUCCAUUUGCAACAUGGAAUGUCUGGCUUUGGCUGCUGGCUCCAAGGUCACCUCAAGUCCUGCAGCCAGGAGUAGCCAGUGCAUCUGCUCCCCACCCCUGGGAGAGCAACUUGGGCAAAGGACACAGAGCCUUUGGCUUUUUUUUUUUUUUUUGACUUUUUAAAACCAAGUGCAAGUAUCAGGUGCUCUUUACAGCAGCAAGGACCUGUACCUCUUGAAAUAAACACAUGCCAGCUACCCACCUGCUGGGAAAGGCACACAGGCAGCGCUAUUGUUCUUUGUCCUCCAGGUGAUACCCUGGGAAAGGUCACAGCUGCCUAAACCUUUAAAACCCCAGGUGGGACGAAUAUUUCCUGUUGUGAGGAUUUGGAGCUGCAGCAGCUCACGGUUGUGUUUCUUAACACUUUGUGGAUUUUUUGUUAAAGCCGCGAAAGGAGAAAAUUGGUACCGAAGAGUAUCAAUUCUUGAUUCUUGGCAGAAUUCCUGUUGUCUUUGUGAAAGUCAAGUUUCAGAAUGAGGGGUGCCAGGCUGAUGGGGGUGCUGUUCGCCCUGGCUGGCCUGCUGCAGCAGGCCCUGUCCCUGAGAAUAGCAGCCUUCAACAUCCGGACUUUUGGGGAGACCAAGAUGUCCAAUGCUACCCUCUCCAACUACAUUGUGCAGAUCCUGAGUCGCUAUGAUAUCGCCCUCGUCCAGGAGGUCAGAGACAACCACCUGAUGGCCGUAGGGAGGCUGCUGGACAAACUCAACCAGGAUGACCCAAACACCUAUCACUAUGUGGUCAGUGAGCCGCUGGGACGCAACAGCUAUAAGGAGCGCUACCUGUUCCUGUUCAGACCCGACCAGGUUUCCGUGCUGGACAGCUACCAGUACGAUGAUGGCUGUGAGCCCUGUGGGAAUGACAGCUUCAGCCGAGAGCCAGCUGUGGUCAAGUUCUCCUCCCCCUUCACACAGAUCAAGGAGUUUGCCAUUGUUUCCCUGCAUGCGGCCCCAUCGGAUGCGGUGGCUGAGAUCGACUCUCUCUAUGAUGUCUACCUGGAUGUCUGGCAGAAGUGGGACUUGGAGAACAUCAUGUUGAUGGGUGAUUUCAACGCUGGCUGUAGCUACGUGACCCCCUCGCAAUGGUCAUCCAUCCGCCUGCACAAGAGCCCCCACUUCCAGUGGCUGAUUCCUGACACUGCCGACACCACCGUUACAUCCACGCACUGUGCCUAUGACAGGAUCGUGGUUGCAGGACCUCUGCUCCAAGGUGCUGUGGUUCCCAACUCAGCCGCUCCCUUUGACUUCCAAGCUGCAUACGGACUGAGUGACCAGACCGCCCUAGCCAUCAGCGACCAUUACCCAGUGGAGGUGACACUGAAGAGAGCCUGACGUGAGUGAGGCCUGGCUGGCGACCUCCGCUCUGCAGCCUGUUGCCAAGAACUGAGACGACACAGCCAAAGGCUGGGGAUGGAGUUUAGGAAAGCAGUGCCUGGUCCUGAGUGCCCCUGCCCCUCCCCACCACCGUGGCAGCUGGAAUUAGAGGAAGGGGACGGAAGGUAGACUUUUCCUCACUGUACCCACUUCCAUUGUAAGCUUGGAGGUUGUGUCACCAGAGCACCCCACCUUCUCAGUCUGGACAAAAAGUCUAAGAAAUACCUUUUAAGUAAAUCUCAUCUCAAAAGCA